UGCCCUAUCAGUAUGUUGAUGACAGCUUAGUUCGUUGCUGUAGCAGAAGUUCAUCAUAGCUCAUUCAUAGGCUUAGUUAUUACCACAAUGAGACUUAUUCAUAACUAUUUAUAUUCGUUAUAACUGAACAUUGAUUCAAUUUGCAGCUCGUGGCUGUUAUUUGAGUUAUGAAGCAGUGGCAGGUCAGAUAGCUAAGUUAGCCGGAAGCUAGCCAGCUGUAUAACGGGACUGAUAUGAGUAGAGAAGCAGAAAUCCAGAGUGAAAUAGUUGUAAAACGCAGCUCCUGGUCCAAAAAGAGAAACAGAGAUGGAAUGAGGAGUGAUUUAACUCCGGCUAAGAAGCGGCUCAGCGCUGAGAAAUGCAAAACAACUGAACCCAGAAAUAUAACACAGAUCAGCACAGAGGACACAGUGACACAGGAGUGCUGCAGUGACAGUGAGGAUCUCUUUGAUGGCUACGACAGCAUCAUCGCUGACACGUCCUUCCUCGCUAAGCUGGAAGAUGUUGAACAGGACCAAGCACCACAAACCACCAAAAGCACUGUUGAUCAUCUAGCAGACUUCACGGAUGAUUUCUAUGAUACAUCACUGAGGGAUUUACCCAGCUCUCAGCUCGCGUUUCAGCAAGACGUGCAAAACAAAUUGCACCCCAUCCACACAGGAGGAACUGGGAACACGUCUACUCCUGAUGUGAAACGCUCGAAGCAGUCUGUCUGCGAUGAUCAGAACAAACCUACCAGCAAGGCCAGGAGAAGCAUGGCUGACCAGCUGAAGAGGGCCAUGCUGGAAAACGCAGCUUCUUCCAACACCGUUUCGAAGAUGGUUCUGCAGAAAGAGGCAGCAGUGAGCGAAGAAAUCAGCGCUGCUGUGCAGACCAUCAAGUCUGUGACAACAGAAGGAGACCUGGGUCCUUUCUUUGGGCUUCCAUCCAAAGUUAAGGAUUUGAUCAUGAGACUGAAGAGGAUUGAGGACUUGUAUGAGUGGCAGAAGGCGUGUCUGAAUUUGGACUCGGUUCUCCAGAGAAAGAAUCUGAUCUACUCUUUACCGACGAGCGGAGGGAAGACGUUGGUGGCUGAGAUUCUUAUUUUUAAAGAGAUUCUCUGUAGGAAGAAAGACGCACUGCUGAUAUUACCAUAUGUAUCCCUGGUGCAAGAAAAGGUUCGUGGCUUGGCGAGUUUUGGUAUUGAGCUGGACUUCUUGGUAGAGGAGUACGCUGGGAGUAAAGGAAAAUUCCCUCCUGUAAAACGACGAACCAAGAAGUCGCUUUACAUCACCACGAUCGAGAAAGGCCACAGCCUAGUGAACUCACUGAUCGAGACAAAGCGACUGGACGACAUCGGCCUGGUGGUGGUAGAUGAGCUCCACAUGCUUGGAGACGGCAGCAGAGGAGCGAUUCUCGAGAUGACUCUGGCCAAAGUACUGUACAUCAGCAAAGGCACGCAGAUAAUCGGAAUGAGUGCAACCUUGGGCAACGUAGCUGAUCUCCUGACCUUCCUGAGGGCUGAGAACUACACCAAUGACUUCAGACCUGUCCAGCUGAAUGAGUAUGUGAAACUGAGAGACAGUAUAUAUGAAGUCGUUCCGAAGGAGGAGCAGUGCUUCCGGUUUUCACGUUUGCUGAAGUUGAAUUAUUCCAGUGGGAUGCAGAAGAUGGAUACAGACCACAUCAUUGCUCUGGUUACUGAAGUGAUACCGCAGCAGUCCUGUUUGAUAUUCUGUGCCACCAAGAAGAACUGUGAAAAUGUAGCUGUAAUGAUCUGCAAGUAUCUGAAUAAAAACUUCCUGAAGCACAAAGAGGAGGAGAAGGUGACUCUGUUGUCCGAGCUGAGGAACAGCGGAAACGGCUCGCUGUGUCCUGUGCUGCAGAAGACCGUGCCCUUCGGCCUGGCGUAUCACCACAGCGGUCUGACCAGUGAUGAGAGGAAGCUGCUGGAGGAGGCGUACUCAUCCGGAGUGCUCUGUCUCCUCGCCUGCACCUCCACCCUGGCUGCAGGCAUCAACCUCCCUGCCCGCAGGGUGAUCCUCCGCUCCCCGUAUGUGGGCGCAGACUUCUUAAAGAGGAGUCAGUACAAGCAGAUGGUGGGAAGAGCGGGCCGUGCUGGGAUUGAUUCAAUGGGCGAGAGCAUCCUCAUCCUGCAGGACAAAGACAGAGACAGGGUCAAACAACUGGUGUGUGCACCAGUGGAGAACUGUUACAGCAACCUGCUGCAUGAUGGGAGUUGCGGUCUUCUGAGUCUCAUCCUCUCCCUCAUCGGCCUUGAUAUAACAUGCACUGCGGAGCAGGUCCUGGAGUUCAUGUCCAGGACAUUACUCAGCGUCCAGGAGACUCGGCUUUGUCAGCAGAAGAGUCUUCGUGAGCUUGUAGUGGAGUCGAUAGAGAUACUGAAACAGAAGGGUCUCAUCAACACUUCUCCACACGAGCAAUCUGUGCUGCAUGUCACCAAACUUGGAAGAGCAACAUAUAAAGGCUCAGUAGAUCUGAGACACUCCGAUGUCCUCUACAGAGACCUGUCCAAAGGUCUGGAGGGUCUGCUGCUGAACAGUUUCCUGCAUUUAGUGUAUCUGGUCACUCCAUAUGACAUCAUGUCCCAGAUCAAACCAGACUGGAUGAUCUACUUCAGCCAGUUAACAAAGUUGUCUGCCGCUGAACAGAAGAUGGCAGCCGCUAUUGGAGUGCCCGAGAGCUUCCUCGUUCGGAAAGCAGCGGGGCAGAGUGUGAGGAAGAGUAUAGACCCUGCUGUGGUGAACAGACUGUACCUGGCUCUGGUGCUUUAUUCUCUGCUGAAGGAGACAAACGUAUGGAAUGUGUCUGAAAGAUUCCAGCUGACACGAGGUCUCAUUCAGACCCUCGUCAGUUCCGCCUCAGCCUUCUGCUCCUGCGUGCUGCAUUUCACUGAGGAGUUGGAGGAGUUUUGGGCCUAUAAAGCUCUCCUCACUGAGCUGACCCGCAGACUGACCUACUGCGUACAGGCCGAGCUCAUUCCACUGAUGGAGGUCGCCGGAGUCAUGGAGUUCCGAGCCAAGCAGCUGUACAAUGCUGGGUAUAAAACGCUGGCUCAUCUGGCCAAUGCUGACCCGAAUGUGCUGGUGAAAACUGUGGAGAAUCUCUAUAAGAGACAGGCUAAUCAGAUUGUGGCCUCAGCAAAAAUGCUGUUACAGGAGAAAGCAGAAGCCCUGCAGGAGGAAGUCGACGAGCUGCUUAUGUUUCCCACUGACCUCCCGUCUGCCUAAAUUUGUCUAUAAUGUAAUUUAAUUUAACAUUAAUUUAAUGUAUUCUGUUUAUAUUUAUCUGUGAUGGCUAGACCAUGUGUCUAAAAUAAAAAUGAGACACUGUGCAUUUUUCAGUUUGUAUAUGCUUUUUUCAUCAUGAAAGCCAUCUGGUCAAUAAAUAAAUACAAUAAUAUAUAAUAUAACUAUUUUAUGUUAUCUCUGUUCAUCUUAAUUGCAUAAUCUUUAUGGUACACUUUCAUAGCUUGUAAAAGUUUGUGAUUAAACCCAAAAAAUGACCCAUAUUGGAAAGAGUGAACUAUACAAGCCAUUAUUUUCAUGUUUAAAAUGUGUUACUUUACAGGCUCCGAGUUUUUGUCUGGUGAUAGAUGGUGUGGGAAUAUGAAAACUGACAUAAUAUUAUGAAAUUUCUUAUGAUUGAUGAGAUACCUAUCCCCUUUCCUUCCCACAUCUGCAUGGUGACCUAGUCAAAAAUUAAAAGCUGUUCAGAGACAAGCAAUAGUGAAUACACUAUGGUGGACGAUUACUGAAAAUUUGACUUUUAGUAGCUGAUACUGAUGAAUUAGGCACACAAUAUGAGCAGGGACACAAAAAAUAUUGUCUUCAGCAAAAGGGUGAUAAUUAAUGACUACUCAGUUUUUCAUGGUACUAGCUUAGACCAACAUGUAAUCGAGUCAAAGUCAAAGUGGGGUGAAUAGGAUUCAACACCAAGACCAAUAGAGGGGUCAGUCUGAGUCAACACCAAGACCAACAGAGGAUUGAGUCCAAGUCAAGACCAAGACCAUCAGGGUGUUGAGUCUGAGUCAAAAAGCAAGACCAUUGGCAUGUUGAGUCUGAGUCAAAAGCAAGACCAAGUGGGUGGCAAGUCCAAGUCAAGACCAAGGAGAACAGGGAGGCAAGUCUGAGUUAAGACAAACCCCAACAGACGGCCAAGUCCUAGUCAAGAUCAAGACCAGCAGGGAGGUGGGUAUGAGUCAAGAUCAAGACUAACAGAUGGUCAAAUAUGAGUCAAAAACAACAGGGUGCUCAGUCUAUGUCAAAAGCAAGACCAAAAGGGGUGGCGAGUCCAAAUCAGGAUCAAGGAGAACAAGACCAACAAGGACGUGGAUCAGUGUCAAAACCAAGAAUAACAUAAAGUUGAAUCUUAGUCAAGACUGAGACUAACACCCAGCCGAGUCCAUCAACAACCAGGACCAACAGGGGGUCAGGAAGAAGGCAAGAAAAGUCCAACAGGGUGAAUAUGAGUCAAUGCAAAGACAUAUCAAAAUUUUCUUUUUCAUUUUUUUUAACUUUCUAAAAUGACACAUGAAUUACAAAAGUAACAGGGAAACCAGCUUCAUUGCAUCUCAGUAUACCAGCAACGUAUAAAUAGGUAGAUCCAUUUAA